AUGGCCUCCACAGGGUUUUUCGGUCUCAAGCGCCAUAAUAAUUGGAAACAGAAGUGGGGUGUGAAUGGCCCAGAAGAGCAGACAGAUGCGGUCAUCAUCGUCGGCAACAUCAGAAUCCCGGUGCACAAUACGAUCUUGGCGGCCGGUAGUCAAUAUUAUCGCCAGUGGCUCGCUAUCCGGCCGCGAAAGACCGAGAUCCCCGAAAUCCAGCUCCAUUACGUCAAUGUCCACACCGCCUGGAGAGCAAUAGAGCUGCUAUACUGCCAGAGCUACACACUCAAGCCCUGUCCGUAUGCCGAGCAACCUGAUAAUAGAGGGCCCCUAGAUCAGAGGGCUGCCAUCUAUCAAUUAUCCGAGUACCUCGGCUUAUCACAGAAUUUGCAGGAUAUCGCGUUCGACUAUUAUCGGCGAGCGGUGGAGAAAGACUGGGAGAUCGAGGAUUUCUUGACCUCCAUAAACGUCAUAUUAAACCCUGUUCUGCAGUUGGACGUCUUGGUGUCCGCCCAGAAAGAUGAAUUGCGGGAGAAUCGAAUUGUGGUUUUAAUGUUCCAUCACCUUCACAAGAGACGGGUUCUUUUUAAGAAUGACUAUCUCCUGACCUUGCAUCUACAGACUUCACAAUUCUUCAUGGACCUGUUUGUGCGCUCCUGGGCAAGUUAUGGUCGCAAUUGA